UCCGUUAAGCCAGGUUUGAGCCAAUGGCGUUGCGCCGAGGCAGGCGGUCCCUCUACAGGUUUAAAUGCUCGCGCGAACUCACUCACUCUGGAGUUUAGAGUUUAGAGAAGAUCAGAAUCGGGAAAAUCAGUAAUAAAUCAAUAAUAAACGCGCUGCUGCAGAAGAAGACAAGAUGGCAGCUGAGAGGCCUCUCCAGGAGCUGCCGUGUCUGAGUGAGAAUCUCGAUGGCUCCCUGCUGUGCAUGUCGCAAUCCAAAGCGAAGAAAAGGCCGUGUGUGUAUGGAGACGGACUGCACGCUGAAAACACUCCUCACGAGCUUAUCCAGCACUGGUCUCCUCCCCGUAAACAGCCGCGGCCCUGCGCCAAGGGCAAAGAGAACGGCUUUGUCCUCGCCAGACGCCCCAGGAGGAGCAGAGACACAGCGGGUGUUCUGUGUUGGGACACUCUCCCAGACGAGCUGCUGUUGGGGAUUUUCUCGUGUCUCUCACUGCAAGACCUUCUCAGGACGUCCCGCGUCUGCAAGCGCUGGCAUCGACUAGCGUUUGAUGAGUCACUGUGGCACAGCGCUGACCUGGUAGGAAGAGCACAGCUGAAUGGCGAGCUGGGUCAGGUGCUCACAGCGGGGGUGUCGAGGCUGCGCUGUCCACACUCCUGCAUCGGCGAACCCUGCUUUAAGAACACACAGCUCCUACGUGUCCAGCAUUUGGACCUGUCCAGCUGCACUGUGCAGACGUCUGUGCUGGAGGACGUCCUGUCGCGCUGCAGACGGCUGCAGAACCUCAGCGUGGAGGGACUCGUGCUCUCUGACUCCAUCCUCCGAUCUUUGAGUGAGAACACAGAGCUGGUGCGGCUGAACCUGUGCGGCUGUACUGGUUUCUCUGCUGACUCUCUGACUGAGAUGCUUCAAUCCUGCACCAAGCUUGAGGAGCUGAAUGUGUCGUGGUGUGACUUCAGCAGUGAACAUGUUCAGGCUGUCGUUAACAAUGUCCCCUCCACCGUCACUCAGCUCAACAUCAGCGGCUACAGACAAAACUUUACCAUGGAUGAUUUAAAGGUUUUGGUGGAAAGAUGUCCGAAUCUUACGCAUUUGGAUUUGAGUGACAGCGUCCUUGUGACCACAGACAGUUUCCCCUUCCUGCAGCAGCUCUCCUCACUGAGACAUUUAGCGCUGAGCCGCUGCUACCAGAUUCACCCAGCCGCCCUCAUAGAGUUUGAGAAGUUUGUGACUCUGCAGACCCUGGAGGUGUUUGGUCUGAUACAGGACAGCUCCCUGCCCAUCCUGAGUAAAGGGUUGCCACGGAUACAGAUCAACACCCAUCCGUUCUCAGGCGUGGCUCGUCCCACUGCGGCCACACGGAAAGACCGCACGCUGUGGGGAAUGCACUGUCGACUGGUGUAUAAACCCUAAUCUGCGCUCCAGCACAGUUUGAGUUAGGAGCGAAACAAGAGGUGACUUUUAGGAUGUUUUAAAUAAUGAAUAGGUUUAAGUGAUAAUGUGGUAACCUUGUGAAGUCACGGUUGUCACGGCAAUAUCAACUAGCAUGUUGUAUAAAUCGCGUCUCGCUUGUAAGAAACGGAUGUCAUCGGCAUUCGUGUUGAUUGUGUAUGGACUGUAGAUGUGUAUCAACACUUUUGCACUUUCAGCUGGUUUACAGCUUGCUUCUGUGAGCAAAGAACGUGAAUUUUUCACAUGCUUUUUGUUACCACUAACGAUAACUACAGCUUCAGCAGGGUAAAGGACCUCCACUGCAAUGUUGCUUUUUAAUUGCUUUUCAAGUGUUUUAGGAAAAAGAAGUGCAAAUACUGAACUUUCAAUAAUUUUAGACCUUUUCAAAGGAUCAACCUAACUGUGAAUGACUUCUAGUGCUUUAACGUGUUACGAUAAUGGUUUGUUUUGAAAGUUCAGUAGUUUUAAACUAGAUGUGUUAUCAUGUUAUGUUUGUUUGUUCCAGAUCCUCGUUUUAAUAAAUUAGUGAAUCAUAGGGAUGCACCCAGACAAUGCAGAAAUCAGUAUUUGGAGUAUUGACCCAGACGAAAAGGUACUCCUGGGCUUCUGAGUGGUACAGUGGUCUAAAGGUUGUACUCCAUCAUAAGGAGAUUCAGGGUUCAAACCCUGACAAUGCUGCAUCCAUCCAUGCUCAGGAGUCUGAGAGGGCAUAACUGGUCCGACUAAUUUGGAAGAGUUCUCUUUCUCAAAAAAAAAAAAAAAUUUGUUGCUGUUAUUCUUUCAGCUAAUAAUGUUUAUACCACAGUAGUGUUAUUCUUAAUUCUGAUUGGUUAAAAGGUGUUAAUUUUUUAUGUUGCCCGUUUAUUGGUAACAUGACAAUUUGCAAUUUUAUUAAAAAGAGAGAGAGAGAGAGGUUGAUGAGGGAACGACUGCUUAAAGCUGCUAUAACUAACUUGUUUCGCAGACAUUCUUAACUUAAAUGUAACGAUAAAUGGAUAAAGUAUGACUUGUCAUUCUUUGGGGAAGAAAUUUUUAAUCAUUGGCAAAUUGCUGUGGUAUAAGAGGAAUAAAACUCUUUUUUUGCUGUUAUUAGAAAACAGAGAGUCAACUCCUGGAUGGUAACUAACUCUCACUGAUUAUUUUCCUGUUUCAUUCAUUACUUACAAAUAUGACCAUUCUGAUCAGAACCAGGAUAUCUGAGUGUCAUAAGAAGAGGAAUGUAUCCAGCAUCAGUGGAUUAGAUUGGAAAACAUUGUUUCAAUACUGACAUCCUGUAUCAGUUUGGUGCAUCCCUGUUACAUGCUUACUUGCUUUGUGCACUGCACACAGUUUGUUUGUUUUAUGCACAUAAAACCUUACAGCAUUAAAAUAAGAGUCUGCUGCAAGAAGAAGUGUUCAGUUCACAUGUUAAAGCAACUGCCUUAAAAAAGAAAAAGUUACCAUUUCCUGGGCAAUUGUCUGUCCUGACAAUCACAAGUCUGGUCCCUGAUCCUCAGUUCAUGUCUUGACUUGGCUAAUAUGAAACACUGCUCCGUAACCUAAAAAAAUUUUGUAAACUGCAACGACAAAGAGAAAGCAUGUGUAGGUACUAUUGAUUAGGUAUGUUUUUCCCCCUAAAGUUGCUAUUUCAGGAAACCAGUUGCAAUACACUUGUUAACUCACUGUCUGACAUUUCACUGCCUUAAUGAAAUAUUCAUUGCUAGUAACUUCUAAAUAAUAAGAAAAGAGCUGAGUCUGCAAUACACAUCUGCCAAAUGUUUCCUGGUUUAUUUUCAUCUGUUCUUACAUUUGUAGCAGCCCUUUCUGUUUGAGUAAACAAUAUAUAAAUCACAUUUUUUCUUAAAACAAUGUUUUUAAUGACCAAAAUACCUGAAGUCUUGAAAUCGGUUGGUAUUUUCCACUGAUUAUGAACAUGAGGAAACUUGAAUCAAUUCUCUAUUGAGAACUUGGAUAGACAAUGUAUUUUUAUGGAUAUUUACUUAUUUGUUUGGAUGUUCACUGAUUUUAAAUAAAUAUUUUUGUGCUAUAA